AUGUUCUCUCCUCUUCGCAUCAUCCUGGCCGUCGCCAUUCUCCUCAAUGUGGCCGCCGCAUUCCCUCUUAUCGGCCGUGAUGUCCAGUGGUCCUUUACCCUGUUCCAAUCCGCCUCCUGCAACGGAACCAUCGGCGACCCCCACGCCGGAUCCGGUAGCACGGGCUGCCGCGCCGACCUCCACAGCGUUGCCUCCGCCUACGCUCUGAACACUGUCGCGGAAGGCUGUCGCAUCGAGUUUUUCGACAACACCAUGUGCGACCAGAGUGAACUCUCCGAUGUCGCGGGUCAAAUCACACCCAACGAGACCUGUCGCAUUGCUGGGUCAAGACGCCGCUUCGGGUCUUACCAGGUUUCCUGCGAGUGA